AAUCCUAGUAUGUGACUUCACCCUCAACACAGAGCUGUGGGCACCAGAGCUGUCGGUCCCAGUGGAGGGGCUGGUAAUCUCUUGGUCAGUGCAGGAGGGGAUAUUAGCUCAUCUGAUAGCUAAGAUUAAGCUCAGGGGGCUUGAGGAGCAAACAACCUGCUUUUCAUUGUGUGAUCAGGACGACCGAGGACCACCAGCGCCAUGAGAGUUGUCCAGUACUAUCCGCUGCUCCUGCUUUCUCUGGUCCUGCUAGCAACCUACAGUGAGGCUCUGCGAUGUUAUACCUGUAUGGGCUCCAACAAUGAUGACUGCAACCGGCAAGGCUCCAAAUCUUGUCCCAGCUACUCUGAUGCCUGCGCUGUGGUGGUGGGCCAUGACAGUGAGUCCAACAGCAACAGUGGGGUGAUGAAGUCAUGCUCCUACAAGUCUUUCUGCAGUCAGGCCAACAGCCAAGGCUACAGAGCACCAGGUGUAAGAGUUCACUGCUGCUACGGUGACGACUGCAAUGUGACGAGCUUCGCCUCCCAGCUGCCGGGACUCAACUAUCUGCUGCUGUUUCUGCCUCUGUUGUUCGACUGCUUUUUCAAGUAGACAUACGGCUCAACUUCAUCAUGCCAAUAAGCAUCCAUCUGCAACACAAAUGCCAACUACUGUUGUUUUAAUUUACUCCAAAAAUGCCAAAUAACCCUGCUUAAUUUCACACUACUUACUGUCCUACUUACUGCCCAUCUGCUUUGAUUGACCUUAUUUAUCUAAACAGAAGCUUAGACAUCAUGGAGUUACUGUACAUAGAAGAGUAUGACUGUGUGGAUUAUACGCAUCAAAUUGGAUUGAAUCCAUUAAGCAGUACUCAAGUAGAUGCAUCUUUCAAUGGAUUUCACUAAGCCAAUAACUAGAGGAUCCUAUGGGAAACGCUAAAAUAACAGUAAGAGAGAAAUAAUUUAUUAUUUGCUUCCUACAUUAAAGAAGAGACGCUGUUUGAGUUAAUCAGUUUUACCACCCUGGUUUGAUGUUAGCACACAAUUUGUGAAACUACAGGAUAAUAGGAACAUCUCUUUGAGCUUUUACAAAUCACCUUUCAAGUUACAUUUGACCGCAUUCAUCUUACCCACAUAACUGAACGCCAAAGUAUUUCAGCGUAGCUCGUGUUGCAGCAGAUGUUCCUGUGGGUAAAUAUGGCACCAAGAGUUCAAUCAGCUGGUGUGUCGCAACGUCAUUAGACUUCCACCUGUCAAUCACACAUCUGAGAGCUGUGUGAGAUAUUUUGGAAAGUGGUGAGAAAACACUUCUCACACACUGCAAAUCCACAUAAGCCUUUGACAUGCCCGUGGCCAUGUGUGUUACUCUGAUGGGGUUAAUCCACAUUUUGCGUUUGAAGUCACUUCAAGAAUGACUGAGUUUAUAAACAGAGUCUGAGCACACCUCACCGGAGGAUGGCCUAUAAGUAUAGGCUACUGUAUAUAUUGUAUAUAAAGAAAGAAAAUGUCCAGUUGGUGACAUACACUCCACACUGUUUAUUGUGUACUUUUCUUUUGCAGUAAUUGUUUUGGAACUCAUUUUAGGAAAUGUUACAUUUUCACAGACCAUGUUCUUUUCUGGUGUGAUGUACAUUAAAUACAUAACCUGCAGCUGCUGGUAUCUUUAUACAGUUUUAGUGCUAACAUUUAUUUUAAAAAUGUGUAAGUGAGGAGUUACAGUAUAUUAUUAUAGAAAACUGCACACUCAGAUAUUUUGUGGAUUCAUUAACUUAUUUUAUGUACAUUCUUCAUUAUGUAUGAAAAUAAAAUUUUAAUGUAAUUUAAUCUAAAAAAACUAGGGAUGCCCAUCCUUGCUCCAAUGUAUAUAUUAUUGUAAGGAAAUAUGUUCUACUAUUGAAUGGCACAACAUAGCAAAUACUGGACGUACAGACCAGAUAAUAUAAAUGUUGACAUUCAUAAUUCAAUGUAAAUACCACCAAUAUAAGUCUUUUUGUUACCACCUCUGUGUGUAUGUAAUUAUUUCAGUCCUAAAAAUUGUUUUUCCUUAAAACAAGCUGAAAACGG